AUGGAAAGUGACGAAUCUUACGAAAGCGCUAGUAGCAAUGGUAGUGAUAUAAGCACAAAAACGCCUCAAUAUGAAAACACUUCAGAAGACUGCUAUUAUAAUUUCUUCAAUGAAAUAUUUAAUUUAAGCGUAAUAUCAUACUAUUUUUGGACAUUUGUUUGCUACAUAAUUGGAGGGAUAAUAUUUAUAUCAGGAUAUAUUAAUUUUUCAUUAAGGAUACAAGAAGAAAUAGUGUGUGCAGCGUCAUCAAAUGUUUAUGUUUUUUCGAUUUUUUGGAUUUUGAUUGGAAUUAUAUAUUUAAUAAAAUGUAUUGGUUACUCAUUGGCGGUAGAUAUAGAAAAUAACCAAAUGUAUCCAGGUAGUUCACCGUUAUUUAUUUAUAUUUUAGGAUUAUUAUGCAAAACGAUACCAACUAUUAUAAGAAUUAUUCAUAUUUUCAAUUUAUUUCAAUUAUAUGUUAUAACUCUUGAUAUGAUGAUAUUACCAGAAUGUAAUUCUUUUCCUGUCCGGUUCAUAUUAUUUAUUGUUCAUAUUUUAUGGUGGGCAAUUGUGCUUUUUGGCAUUAUUUCAAGAAAGCGAAUUUUCUUACCCCCCCAUUUAUAUAAACCAGUAACUAACGAAGUUGGAUAUUUUGUUCACGUAAAUAAUUAUCUUCAUUCGUUUGGCCUUUAA